CAAAUUUUCAAAAACUACUGCAGCCUGUACCAAUCAACACCAACAUCACUAGCCAGCCGCCAGAAGAUAGCAACAGUCAGCAAACGCCCUACUUAGCAACAAAUUGCAUGCUACACUACAUUUUUGAAAAUUCUUCAUCCCUCAUAUAUUAUAUUUGUUAAAAAAAAAAAAAACUACGUGUAAUAGGUCAAAUAUUGAUACACGAAAAUGCGUCGGCAGAACGUGAGAGAAUUCCAGGACAGAGAAUGACAAUUUUUUAAUUUGCGUGAAGUCGGCUGUGCGCAAUUUGUAACUCGCGUGAAGCUGGCUGCCCCUAACUAUCCACUCUCUUGAAGUUGGCCGUACGCAGUUUUUGACUCGCUUCAGAAAAGCUGUACUUAUUUUAAGCUGGCAGUGCCUCUGUUUUAAGCGACAUCUAGCGGCAGAACAUAACGUUUUCAGCGUUGCCUUUUGUCUCGCACUUUUAUCGACGUCUGUGCCCCUUGCGCGUUUACUGUCGUUUUGCACGCGCAUUCGUGAAAAUGGCGGCGUUGUCGCUCGGUCGCUGCCAAAUUUUUUGUACAUCCAAAAUAAUCAAAAUAAAGCGACAAUAAAUACAGUGCUAAACAAACUGUCUGUGCCAGAGGCCGCGUGCGCGCGUGUGUGUGAAAAUACAAUAAAAGAAAAACAUUCUGGCCAACAAAAAGAAAAUAUUUAACAUUAAUCAGCUAGCGACAAGGAGUUAACGUCGUCGUCGUCGCCAGCGCAUCAGCAGCAGCAGCCGCGUGAAUAAGCGAGUGCGAUUGCAAGAGCGAGCGCUUUUCUGCGGUUGGCGUUUGUCAACGGAGCACCCAAAGGCUUUGGCCAAGUUCGCAUCGGUCGGCUACGCAGCAUGCGAGUAUUAGACAGGAGCCGUAAUAUCCACAUCAAUAAUAAUAAUAACAAUAUGGCACAGACGCACAGUUGAUCAAGAAACCAGGCGGCUAAAGAACGUCACAAGCAGAAGAGAAUCUGGGAAAAAGGGCCGUGUCCAUUUCCGGCUCUUCAAGCGCCAACGAUUCAAAAACCGAAACCGCCACCGCCACCGCAAAGGUCCCGCAAUGAAUAGCAGCCAAACGGCGCCGCCGGCCACAUCGACUGCCGGCAAUCGUAUCACCUUCACCACCCAGCCACUGCCCAACGGCACCAUCAAUAUAGGUGGGCCAGGAGGCGGGGGUGUUGGAUCGACGAUCAUCUCAACCGCACAGCUGCCAAAUACGACGACGAUCAAAACCAUAACAGCAGGCAUUGGAGGACAUGGGGUGCCCGGUCUGUCGCAAGUGCAACAUCAGGUGCAUCAGCAAUCACAUCAGCAUCAGCAGCAACAGCAGCAGCAUUCGCAAUCAGUAGGUGCCACCCAAACACAAACCUUAGUUAUUAAAUCCAAUCACCAUGCUGUCACCCUGCCGGCGGGUCUAGUAUCAAGUGCACCAGCAGGAAUCGUAACAAUGACCAAGACCAUCAAUCAGACCGGGCAGCCGCUGCUUAACUCUAUGCUGCCUGCCGGCGUGGUGGUCGGCAUGCGUCCGCAGGCGCCGACGCAGCAGCAGCCAAAGAAUAUGCCCGCAAAUUCGCUCAGUCGUGUCGUCAUCAGCAACUCUCACAUGGGUGGCGUUAGGCCACAGAGUCCAUCGUCGAUGACCAGCACCACCGCCUCCAGCAACAUAAUUGUCAACUCGGUGGCCAGCAGCAAUGCGCACAGUUUCAGCAGCUCGUCACAUCCGCCACAGUUGGCGCAGUUGCAGCAGCAUACGCCGCAUUUGCCCCAAGUAACGCAGAUCCAAACGAUACCAGCCGUACAGCCGCAUUCGCAGGCAAACAAUGUCCAAGCGUCAUCGACAGCGAAUGUGACGUCAACGGCGAAUACGAACUCAACAACAACGUCAACGGCAGCGCAGGGCAAUACCAAAGAAAAGUGUCGCAAGUUUUUAGCCAAUUUAAUUGAAUUGUCGACACGCGAACCGAAGCCGGUGGAGAAAAAUGUACGCACGCUCAUCCAGGAGCUGGUCAAUGCGAAUGUGGAGCCAGAGGAGUUUUGUGAUCGCCUGGAGCGUUUGCUCAACGCCAGUCCACAGCCGUGCCUCAUUGGGUUUCUUAAGAAAAGUCUGCCACUGCUGCGCCAGGCGCUCUACACCAAGGAACUGGUCAUUGAGGGCAUCAAACCGCCUCCGCAACAAGUGCUGGGAUUGGCCGGACUUCCGCCGCAGCUUCCGAAAAUACAAGCGCAAAUCCGUCCGAUUGGACUCAGCCAGACAACAACCAUUGGACAGACGCAGGUGCGAAUGAUAACACCAAACUCACUAAACACGCCGAGGCCGACGAUAGGUCAUACGACUAUAUCGAAGCAGCCGCCAAACAUUCGAUUGCCCACAACGCCGCGGCUGGCCAUACGGGGUCAAAUGCCCUCGCUGCCAAUGUCCGCGCAGGCGAACAUUGUACAGAUACGCGGACCGCAUAACGCACAGCUGCAGCGAACGGGUGCGGUUCAAAUACGCGCCACAUCUCGUCCGCCAAACAGUACGCCCACGAACAAAGUCACUGCCGUCAAGGUUGGCCAGACACAGAUCAAGGCCAUAACGCCCAGUUUGCAUCCGCCCUCGCUGGCGGCCAUAUCAUCAAACAGUGGACCACCGCCAACGCCGACGUUAUCAGUGCUAUCGACGAUAAAUUCGGCAUCGACAACGUCGUUGCCGGUGCCUUCGCUGCCCACAGUACUUCUGCCGCCGGAGGCAUUGAGGGCACGCGAGCAGAUGCAAAAUUCGCUGCAUCACAACAACAACAAUCACUUUGAGCCAAAGCUGGUGGAGAUUAAGGCACCGCAGCUGCCGCAUAUGGAACGUAUCAAUGCCUCGCUGACUCCCAUUUCGGCCAAAACACUGCCGCGUAGUGCGUUGCCCGUGGCCAACAAGUCAGUAAGUAAAAAGAAAAGGGAUACAGUGGACCGAGAUGGCAAGGAUGAGAAGGCGAAUAGCGGCAGUGGGAUGGCAGGAUCAACAGCGGCCGCAGCCGCCAAUUCAUUUUUCCAACAGAGCUCUAUGUCAUCGUCCAUGUAUGGCGAUGAUGAUAUCAACGAUGUUGCCGCCAUGGGCGGUGUUAAUCUGGCCGAGGAAUCGCAACGCAUUCUUGGAUGUACCGAAAAUAUUGGCACACAGAUCAGAUCCUGCAAGGACGAGGUGUUUCUCAACCUUCCAGCUUUGCAGGCGCGAAUACGCGCGAUAACGGCGGAGCGCGGCUUAGAGGAACCUUCGCAAGAUGUGGCAGUGCUCAUUUCGCAUGCAUGCCAGGAGCGGCUUAAGAAUAUUGUGGAGAAGUUGGCUGUGAUAGCGGACCACCGCAUUGAUGUCAUAAAGUUGGAUCCACGAUAUGAGCCCGCGAAGGAUGUGCGCGGUCAAAUCAAGUUUCUAGAGGAGUUAGACAAGGCUGAACAAAAGCGACACGAGGAGCUGGAGCGAGAGAUGCUGUUGCGAGCGGCUAAGUCUAGAACCCGUGUCGAAGAUCCUGAGCAGGCAAAAAUGAAGGCGAGGGCAAAAGAAAUGCAGCGAGCGGAAAUGGAGGAGCUGAGGCAGCGCGACGCAAAUUUAACGGCUUUGCAGGCAAUCGGACCACGGAAAAAACUCAAACUGGAUAGCGAUGCGGCCGGUGUGGGCGUGGGUUCCAGUGGCAGCGGCUUGAUGAGCAACACGGGUACAGCGACUACAACGUUAAGGCCGCGCAUCAAGCGUGUCAAUCUGCGUGACAUGCUCUUCUUCAUGGAGCAGGAGCGAGAGUUUUGUCGCAGCACGAUGCUGUUCAAGACUUACCUCAAGUGAUUGCUGCUGGCGCCGCUGUUGUUUACACACCUACGCACCUACAAGAGUUCACCUGCGCCUGUCCCUACUCCAACUCCAACUCCAACUCCCGCUCCAGCUCCAUUUCCAGCUAUAAUUGUUCUAUUAGCGCCUAGCAGCUGCGUUCUUCAAUUUGCAAUAUUAUUUAGCUGUCACAUUUAAUUGCGUCGUCCCUUUGUUGUUUUAGUUAGGCGCCCUAUUUCAAUACAUAUGCGUAGAAAUACCAACUAAAUUGUAAUUAAAAAAUUUUAAAUCUGAUGACAAUUCGUUUUCCAAUUAAAUAGCCAGCAGCACUCAAACCAAACCAAUCCAAAAAAAAAGAGAGAAGCAAAAAAACCAACACAAAGCAAAAGCAAAACUCAACGUGCAGUCAGCCAACGUAUGAUUUUGUAAUUUUUAACACAAUUAAUUGCAUUAAUUGCAUUGACGGCCUUAUCUAAACGAUAUACAUAUAAAUAAUAUGAUUAAAUUGUGUAGCUUAGUUUGUUAAACGAAAUCGAGCGUAAAUUAUAGGCUUAAGUUAGAUUGCGGCAUUCGAGUCCGAGGAACAUAAAAUGGUUUAUAAAACCAUCAUGGCAUAUAAGCGAAUAAAAAAGAAAGAGGAAGAGAGAAUACAAUUAUAAACAAAAGGAGAAAUAUCCACAUAAAGCAUACAUUGAACUAGUUGUAGUUGUUUAAACAAAUUGAUGUAAUUUUAAUUAGAUUAUGUAUAAAACAAUUACCAGAAACAAACGAUAACAGAACACAUUUGUAAAAAGUCCAGACUAAGUUUUCAAUAGUUUAACUAGGUAAACGCAACGUAAUUAACAAAUUUACGGCAAAGAACUAAACCCCGAACGUAGUUUUAGGCACUAAAAAUAUGUUUUUUUUAUAUAUUAGUGGCGCGUUCGUUCAACCAAAUCGGAAUCAUCAAUAAAAAUGACAAAACUAAUAAAACUUCUGACUUCCCAUUUGCAAUGGGUACAGGGUAUGAAAAUCGAUGGAUUAUGUGCAUACUGUAAUAUUUUGUUCAAUUGAAAACACUUGCACCAGCCACAAAAUAGUUCAAUUUUAUACAAAAG